AACAGACCCACCAUCCCCCCUCUCUCUCCAACCUCUUUCUCUUUCUACCCCUUAGAUGACAGAGGGUUUAUGAGCGAAAAUGGCAGAUCAGAAAAAACCCUUUUUCAGUACAAAAGACAUUGAUGACUUGGGCUCCCAGAAUUCUGUUAAAAUAGAGAAAAAGCUGUUGGUGGAUAUAAACCAGCUCGCCGUCGGGCCAAUGAUCAGUGAAGGGACCUACUCCAUUGUCUACGAAGGACUUUCUAAGAAAUUUCGUGACCCACAGACAAUGUUGCAUGUAGAUUUCGGUCAUGUUUCUUCACAAAACUGGAAAAUGUUGAGAUAUUUUAGAAAGAGCAGGGAAUACAAAUCCACUCCUGUGGCUAUAAAGAUUAUACAAACAGACCUGUCAGCAAAUGUGAGCCAAGAACUCCAAGAAAAAUUUAGCAGGGAGGUUUCAAUGCUUUCUAGAGUAAAUCACGAGAGUAUUGUCAAGUUCAUUGGCGUCAGCGUAGACCCGACAUUGAUGAUCAUCACAGAGCUUAUGAAUGGUAGCACGCUACAGAAGUUCUUGUGGAGCACUCGUCCAAAUUGCUUGGACCUCAAGCUUUCCAUGUCUUUUGCACUGCAGAUUUCUCAAGCAAUGGAAUACCUUCACCGAAACAGAAUUAUCCACCGGGAUUUAAAACCGAGCAACUUACUUCUUACAGAAGAUAAAAAGAAACUAAAAUUGGCUGACUUUGGGCUGGCUAGAGAAGAAUCUGAUGAUGAGAUGUCAACAGAGGCAGGGACUUACCGUUGGAUGGCGCCUGAGUUGUUCAAUGUAGAACCUCUUUGUUUGGGAGUAAAGAAACAUUAUGAUCACAAAGUAGAUGUGUAUAGUUUCUCUAUGGUUCUCUGGGAGCUCAUCACUAACCAAACCCCCUUUAAGGGCAGCAACAACAUAAUGGUGGCAUAUGCUGCAGCCAUGAACCGAAGGCCGAGCACGGAUAACAUCCCGCCACAGAUUGCAACCCUUUUGCAGUCCUGCUGGGCCGAAAAUCCCCAAAAACGACCUGAAUUCUACCAGAUUUCGAAGUUCCUUGAAAAUUUCCUGCUUGGUAUUUGCGAACAGGCGAGUGAAUUACCCGAGGGACAGCCGAGCUUGUUGGAGGCGGAAUAUUCCAGAAGCAAACAAGAGAAUGAGGCUACAGAUUGCUUGAUGAGUAGCCGCAAGCAGACUAAGAGGCAACCUAAAAGCCUAUGGCUGAGGUUUUCCAGUCGUUUUAGACAUUGUCUUUAGAAAAAGACAUACAAAGAAGUUACAUAGGAGNCUUUUGUAAUAUUU